UGUUGAUUUUUAAGUAUUCAUAGCCACGCAAUCCUACUACACUAAACUCAACGUUGCAGAUUACUUAUAUUUUAAAACAUCCCAUCAAAAUAUUUGCCGUUAUUUUUUGACACAGCCUCUAGUCUGCUUACUGAACAUACCUAUCCAGUUUUUGUCCGUGUCCAAUUGCAUACAUCUUUUGCAAACAUUUUGCAGACGCUUUUAGGUUUUUUUUGGGCUAUUUUGCUUAUUCCUAUCUGGAAGUACGGUUUUCAAAUAAAUAAAUACUUCUUGUUAGAAAUAUGGAUGAAAUUCAAACUGAUACUAAUUCGCAGUCCGAAACUGCGUCCGAGUGUACUUCCAGCGAACGUGCCACGGAAAACACAAAGGAUGAGAAACCUGCUGUACCAGCCACCAGCACCGGCAUUUGCUAUUGUGGGAAAGAUCGUAAUCUUAAUAUCGUUGAACUACUGUGUGCUAAUUGUAGUCGUUGGUUUCAUGAAUCUUGCAUUGGUUAUCAAUUGGGAAAGUUGGUACCCUUCAUCAGCAACUAUGUUUUCGUCUGCAAAAACUGCUCACAAAGCGGUCUAGAGGUUUUUCGUAAAAGUCAAGCAACAAUACCCCAAAUGUGCAUUACUGCCAUAGCUAAUAUGCAACAGAACGCGCAAAAGGAGGGCAAUUCCAAAUUCCUAUUUAGCAAAGAUAAAGAAAUCAUCCCAUAUAUAGAACAAUACUGGGAAGCUAUGACUACAAUGCCGAGGCGUGUAACACAGUCAUGGUAUUCGACAGUACAGCGUUCACUUGUUAAAGAGGUAAACACUUUGUUCACAUACGAAGAAAAUUCGGAAACUGGCGCGAUGUUUGGUUUGGUGACACAGGAUCUUUCACUAAUAAAACCGAACUAUGAUACCAUGGGUAAGAGCGGAUUACUACGAACAUCGGAAGAUGGUCACGGGACAGCUUCCUCUCUGACGAAGAAUAAUCGUCAAAACAAGCGCAAACUUCCCGGAAAUGAUUCUGGUCCUACUGGCAAAAAGGGUCGUCCCAGUUCGGAUAUUACUGCGAAUGUGAAACUUCCAGCGCAUGGUUAUCCAUUGGAACACCCUUUCAACAAGGAUGGCUACCGCUACAUUUUAGCAGAACCUGAUCCACAUGCUCCAUUCCGGCAAGAAUUCGAUGAGAGCUCCGAUUGGGCUGGCAAACCCAUACCAGGCUGGUUGUAUAGAACUUUAGUGCCAAAUUGCGUCUUAUUGGCCUUGCAUGAUCGGGCACCGCAAUUGAAAAUUUCUGAAGAUCGUUUGUCUGUCACUGGAGAAAAGGGAUAUUGUAUGGCACGCGCUACACACUCUGUAAAUCGUGGUCGUUGGUAUUUCGAAGCCGUUGUGGACGAAAUGCCAGAAGGUGCCGCAACACGUUUGGGUUGGGGUCAAGAAUAUGGCAACUUGCAGGCUCCACUCGGCUAUGACAAAUUCGGUUACUCGUGGCGCUCGCGUAAAGGUACAAGAUUCCAUGAAAGUCAUGGCAAACACUAUAGUGACGCCUAUGCGGAAGGUGACGUGCUAGGCUUUCUAAUCGAUUUGCCCGAUGAAGUAGAUACCAGCUACUUACCCAACACUUUUAAGGACAGACCACUUGUUAAAUUUAAAUCACAUUUAUAUUACGAAGACAAGGAUAAAGUACAGGAAACAAUUAAGGGCCUACAAGUCCUUCCAGGCAGUAAAAUAGAGUUUUUUAAGAAUGGUAAAAGUCAAGGUGUGGCUUUUACAGAAAUAUAUGGGGGUUCAUAUUAUCCAACCAUAUCCAUUCAUAAAAGUGCCUCUGUAAGUGUGAAUUUCGGACCUAACUUCAAACAUCCUGAAGUUAUAACCGAAUUCAAAGCGAAAGGAAUGUACGAACGUGUUGAAGAGUUGAUAAGUGAACAGUGCCUCUCAGAUCUAUUAUAUCUGACUGAGAAUGACGGAAGACUGCGUUUGGAUAAUUUUAAUUUUAAAUUAAAGUGAUAAAGCUUCAUUGGUGUUAAUUAUGGUGUGAAGCAGUGGUGAGCCACGUAUAAAUUAAGGAUGCGACAUUAACUGAUAUAUUAACGAUUCUACAAAAAUAGAUUAGCCAUCGUCCCCGAGAAGGCAGUGCAAUAUCAUGGAUGAAAGCACAAUCUCUUAAAACGAUUUUGUCACGAAAGUUAAUAAACUCUUUCCUACCAUGUUAUGUCGUUAUUACGACCGUUUCCUUGUUAAAAUUUUAAGUAAAAUAAAACAUAUUUUUUAAUUUUAUCAAC